UCGCGCCCUUUUUCCCGCUGCGCAACGCAACGCGCCCAUUAUUCCCGCGAUUCCCCCGCCUCCCGUUGCCCAGCCCAGCUAGCUAGCUGCCCACCUCGCCGCCGCCGCCUCCCGCCCACCGGAAGCACAGGAAGCAGAGCAAGCCGGCGCCAUGGGCAAGUACAUGCGCAAGAGCAAGGCCUCGGGGGAGGUGGCCGUCAUGGAGGUCGCCGGCGCGCUGCUCGGCGUCCGCACCCGCUCCCGCACCCUCGCCGCGCAGCAGCAGCGCGCUCCGUCCCCUUCGCCGCAGCGCAAGGGCCACGAGGACGGCGACUACCUCGAGCUCAGGAGCAGGAGGCUCGAGAAGCAGCCGCCGCCGGGGCCCAAGGACAAGGAGGACGCGCCGCAGCCGCCGGCCGCCGGUGGGAGGAGGAUGGAGCAGGCGCCGUCGUCGUUCGCUGCCGAGGGCUUCGAGGCCGACCUCGAGGUCUCCUUCGGCGACAACGUCCUGGACUGGGACGCCACCGACAGGGGCGCCAGGGAGACGACGCCGUGCAGCCUCAUCUACAGCUCGGAGACGAUGAGCACCCCCGGGUCGGCGACCGGAGGAGCCCGCAACCACUCCCGCCGCAGGGCGCAGACGCCGGUCUGCCGCUACGUGCCGAGCUCGCUGGAGAUGGACGAGUUCUUCGCCGCCGCCGAGCAGCAGCAACACCAGACCUUCAGGGACAAGUACAACUUCUGUCCUGCGAGCGGCUGCCCGCUCCCCGGGCGGUACGAGUGGACGGUGCUAGACUGCUAGGGCUUCAUACCUCACACCACCACCAGGAGCUCCUCCAUUGAUCCCUGUAGCACCAAAAUGACCACUACCAGAAGAAGCAGCAGCAGCAGCAGCUUGUCAUAUGCCGUGGGCGCGAUGCAAAUGCAAAUGCAAAUGUAGCGUUAGGUUUUCUAAUUCACCUGUUGUAAAAACUUAGAGUUAGCCCGCAGUCAGUCAGUCAGUAGUAGCUCAGCCAGCCAGCCAUCCAUCUCUCAGUGUAAGGAACAGCCUGAUCCCCAACCUCACUGUAACCUCUUAGUUAACAACAUGUCAUCUCCGUAGGCUUCAAUUUAGCUUGAUUAGCAGCUCAGUUAUUCUCUGUGCCCCAGUCCUCCAUCCAUCAAUGAAAUCAAUCAGAGCUAGAUUUAUUUUCACC